GCUGUCAUGGAGGCGCAGAGCCGAGCGCGGGCGGCGGCGGCGGGCGCGGCUGUUUGAGGGCGGCGGGAACAGCAGCCGGCCCGGAGCGCCCCGGGAAGAUUUAUGACAAGCACAGCCUGCGCUUCGUCAGGACCCUGUUUGGAGUCUCCAUGUUGUCCCAUCGAGAUGAGACUGAUCUGAGAAGAAGCUGGGGACGUUCUGUUUGGGCUGAGCGCUUCCAUUAAGCUCUUGACUCUGAAAAAGGCAGGCGUGUAUCCUUCAGGAAGCAGAGAGGUACAGACUAAAUGGAUCUAAAGACAGCAGUCUUCAACGCAGCUCGUGAUGGCAAGCUGCGGCUCCUUUCCAAGCUACUGGCAAGCAAAACAAGGGAAGAGGUGGCCCAACUGAUGUCAGAGAAAACCAAUGGUGCCACACCACUUCUGAUGGCAGCCCGCUACGGUCACCUCGACAUGGUGGAGUACCUGUUGGACCAUUGCUCUGCGUCCAUAGAAGUUGGUGGUUCGGUGAAUUUUGAUGGCGAGACCAUCGAGGGGGCUCCGCCGCUGUGGGCAGCGUCGGCCGCUGGCCACCUGAAGGUGGUUCAGUGUCUGUUGGAUCACGGUGCAUCUGUCAACAACACGACCCUGACAAAUUCGACGCCGCUCAGAGCUGCCUGUUUUGAUGGCCAUCUGGAAAUAGUGAAGUACCUUGUGGAGCACAAAGCAGACCUGGAAGUAUCAAACCGUCACGGGCAUACCUGCUUGAUGAUCUCAUGUUACAAGGGCCACAAAGAAAUUGCUCAGUAUUUACUUGAAAAAGGAGCUGAUGUUAACAGAAAAAGUGUUAAAGGAAAUACAGCGUUACAUGACUGUGCUGAAUCUGGAAGUUUGGAGAUCAUGAAGAUGCUUCUCAAGUAUUGUGCUAAAAUGGAAAAGGAUGGUUAUGGAAUGACUCCCCUUCUGUCAGCCAGUGUUACAGGCCACACAAAUAUCGUGGACUUUCUGACCCAGCAUGUACAGACUAGUAAGGCUGAGCGCAUAAAUGCGCUGGAACUUCUAGGAGCAACAUUCGUGGACAAAAAGAGAGAUCUGCUUGGUGCUUUGAAAUACUGGAAGCCUAUGGAAAUAAGAUACAGUGAUAGGAUUAGCAUCCUGAGCAAACCUGUGCCACAAACACUAAUUAUGGCAUAUGAUUAUGCUAAAGAGGUAAACAACUCAGAAGAGCUAGAAAAUCUUAUUGCAGACCCUGAUGAAAUGAGAAUGCAAGCACUAUUAAUUAGAGAACAUAUUCCUGGUCCUUCUCACCCAGACACAUCCUACUAUAUUAGAUAUAGAGGUGCCGUCUAUGCAGACUCUGGAAACUUCAAGCGAUGCAUCAACUUAUGGAAAUAUGCUUUGGGCAUGCAGCAGAGCAACCUUGAUCCGCUGAGCCCUAUGACAGCCAGCAGUUUGCUGUCAUUUGCUGAACUCUUUUCCUUCGUGCUUCAGGACAGGGCAAAAGGCCUGCUAGGCACUACUGUCACAUUUGAUGAUCUAAUGGGUAUACUGUGCAAAAGUGUUCUUGAAAUAGAGCAGACCAUGAAACAAAUCCAGUGUCUUCCCGAUCCAACACAGCUGAACAAAGCACUUUCUAUAAUUUUGCAUUUAAUUUGUUUGUUGGAGAAAGUACCUUGCAGCUCAGAACAGGAGCAUUUUAAGAAACAGACUAUCUACAAGUUUCUUAAACUUCAGCCUAGAGGGAAGAAUAACUUCAGUCCACUUCACCUUGCUGUUGACAAAUGUGUGGGUCGCUAUCCAGUUUGUAAAUUCUCUUCUCUACAAGUUACUGCUAUCCUGGUGGAAUGUGGUGCUGAUACAAAUGUCAGAGACUCUGAUAACAACAGUCCAUUACACAUCGCUGCACUGAACAACCAUCCAGGCAUCAUGAAUCUUCUCAUCAAGUCUGGUUCACAUUUUGAUGCCACAAACUCACAUAAACAAACUGCUAGUGAUUUGCUGGAUGAGAAGGAAAUAGCAAAAAAUUUAAUCCAGCCCAUAAAUCAUACUACUUUGCAGUGUCUCGCUGCUCGUGUAAUAGUGAAUCAUAACAUAUCUUAUGCAGGGCACAUCCCUGAAAAACUAGAGAACUUUGUUUUGCUUCAUAGAUGAUAGUGUGGUGUCUCAGAGCACUGUUUUUGAAGCACGACUUGGUGAUAAUAUUUUCCUUGAGCACUGUUGUGAUACACCAGCGUUCCCUUAGCUUGCUCCAUUUUGCUCUCAUUGGCUAAAGUGUUGUUAGCAUCAGAUCUGCAGAGUUGGUUACGCAGUAUUUAAUAUGAAUAUGCCAUAUAAUAUAUUUUGUGGAUUAUUUAGAAAUGUAAUGCCAUAUUUAGACUUUCAAAUUGUCUGCCAAAGGCUUGUCUUUUCUGGUCUUAUUUGCCUGUUGGGUGUUUGGGACUGAGUCGAGUAUUUUCCACUGAUGUCUUUCUACUAUAACUGUCAUGUGGAUUUUAUACGGUUGGAAGGUCAUCUUUUUUUGGUUUUGCUUGAGCAUUUCUACUCUUACUCUCUUCUUUUUCUAUGGACUCAUUGCUAAACUGUACAAGUUGAAUGGACUUGUUAACAUUUGCAACUACCAUAAGUGCUUUUAUCUUCUCUAUGCACUGGCUUUAACAUGACUGUUGUGUGUGAGCAUAUUUCUAUGCAGCACUUGGCCAAUUUCAACUUAAAUGCCAAUUUUGUUUUGCAGUUCGUUUGGAACUCUUUUGAGAAUGCUGUCUUCAUAGCAUGGUGAAUUUUGGAGUUAUUUAUCAGCUCUCUAAACUUGGGUUUGACUUCUUUGACUGCUGUAACUGAGGUUGCUUUCAUCUUGUUCCUCUGGAAAUUUAUCCUAAAUUUGGGAAAAGAAAAUCUUGCUUUUUCUGACUGUAGUCCACUUGAACUUUAAAUCUGAAAAUUGUUCUAUUGCAUCGUGCAGCUGGGGGAAGAGUCCUCAUUAUGUACAACUGACACCUUCCCCUGUGCACUAAUGUCUUGCUUAUGCUGGUUAUGUGACUAGAUGUGAAGUUUGCUCAGAGUUUAACCUUAAACCUUAAUGAUACACUUUAAUGAGAAAUAGUUCAAAUAUAUGCUGUACUUUAAAAUCUGCAAAUCUACAGAAGAAACUAAAGCAUGUUUGUGGCAUGAUGCUUAUCAGUCCAGAUCUAGACAUCAUCUAGUAUAGUAAGUGGCUGCCUGCCAGGGUAUUGGAAGUUCUAUAGCAGUGUCCUUUUUUCUUCUUUUUAAGUAUCUUUAUAAAUACUUGCAUGGAUUUUUCAUCUCUACUGUGUCAGCUCUACUUAACAAAAGCGGAAGUUCUGUUGUGUAUAUAGCUCCUAAUUAAAGUACCUAUUUUUAUAAUAUUUGCACAAUAGCUUAGCUUCUACAACAGAAAGGGCUCUUUUGACUUGAUAAGUCUAUAAAUGAAGAUCAUAAACGUGAGUGCGAUUCAGGUAAUUAAUAUAAUUCAGCACUUUACUGUUGAUUAUUAGUAGGAUUUAUUAUGGCACAUUAGCCCUGCAAAUGUCUUAAAGUGAAAUUAAUUUCUGCUGGAUAGGAUACAGUUUACUUGCAACUUUAGUGGUCUAGCAUAUUGGAUAUUUUUGACUUAAUGUUUCAUCUCAGUGGUGGGCAGUAAGCGUAUCUAUGGGGUUCUUACUCCAGAAAUUCAACAAGCUGUUUUAGAGAAAGAUAUCUAGAAUCCAAAUUACUUAGAUUAGGAGGGUCUUUUUAAUACUUAAUGUUUAUUUUUUAAGUUGAUGUUGGAAUAUUUUUGUCAUUUAAGUUGAGGAAAAAUGUGUGUUGGGAGCAUAUAAGAAUAGUACUUCCACGCUUUUGGUCUGUUUUGGCAUUUCUGUCAGUGUACAGCAUGGUGCCUACUAGCUUAGCCAUUCUUAGGAAAAUUAUGGGGAUAUUUUUAAGCAAAGAUGUGUUCAAAGCAGUGCUGUUUGUGUAUUGCCACUAUAAGACUUGCUAUUUUCAAGCAGUUUUCAUCUGUUUGUCCCUUGCUGUGUCUACAUUGUAUAAAAUUACAAGAAUCAUAAGUUGGAAGAAACCUUUAAGAUCAUUGGGUCCAACCCUUAACCCAGCACUGCCAAGUUCAGCACUAAACCAUGUCCUUAAGUGCCACAUCUACACAUCUUUUAAAUACCUCCAGUGAUGGUGAUUCAACUGCUUUGCUGGACAGCCUGUUCUGAUGUUUAACCACCCUUUCCAUGAAGAAUUUUUUCCUAAUAUCAAAUCUGUACCUUCCCUGGUUCAGCUUGAGGCUGUUUCCCCUUGUCCUAUCACUUGUUACUCAUGAGAAGAGACUUACUUCUACCUUGCCACAGCUUCCUUACAGAUAGCUGUAGAGAGCAGUAAGGGCUCCUCUGAGCCUCCUUUUCUCCAGGCUAAACAUCCCCAGCUCCCUCAGCCACUCAGACUUGUGCUCUAAAACCUUGCCCAUCUCCGUUGCCCUCCUCUGGACAUGCUGCAGCACCUCAAUGUCCUUGUAGUGAGGGGCCUCACAACAAGUUGUGGCCUCCUCAGUGCUGAGUACAGGGGAGUGGUCCUGCUGUCCACACCAUUGCUGAUAUAAGCCAGCAUGCAGGUUUCAUUUGCAUCACACAGGAGUAAAAUUCUAAUCAGUUGACUCAAUUACUCUCAUUUGUAACGCUUAAGACACAUACCACUCAGCUUGUCAUUUGUGAGAACAUGUAGCUUGAUUUUUGAAUUGAUGUAUUUCAAUGCUUUUCUGCUAGUCUGUAAGUAGAGAUAAACAAAACAUACCCUGCUAGAAACACAUUAUAUAUCAAGUCAUAAAAAUAAUUCUUUCUGUAUAGGUCACAGAGAAAGGUAUUUUUAGAGGAUUUUUUUGUCUUUAUAACUGACAAAUACCCUCUUUAGUAUUAGCUGGACAUUAUUACUUGGUUGUUCAGCAUGGAGAAGAGAAGGCUCCAAGGAAACCUUAUAGCACCUUCCAGUACCUUAAGGGAGCUACAAAAGAGCUGGAGAGGGACAUUUUACAAAGUCAUAUAGUGAUAGGACAAGGGGGAAUAGCUUUAAACUGAAAGAGGAGAGAUUUAAAUUGGAUGUUAGGAAGAAAUUCUUUACUGUGGGGGUGGUGAGAAAUUGGAACAACUUGUACAGAGAGGUUGUGGCUGCCCCAUCCCUGGAAGUGCUCAAGACCAGGCUGGAUGGGGCUCUGAACAAUCUGGUCUAGUUAUUCCUUUGAUGUCCCUGCCCAUGGCAGAGGAGUUGGAACUACGUGGUCUUUAAGGUGCCUUCCAACCCAAACCAUUCUCUGAUUUAUGUUCAUUAGUCCAGUAAUAUAAUCUAAAAAUUGUUAAUUUUGAGCAAAAUUUUAAAAUGGAAAACAUUCCCAAAAUUAAAGCAUAUCACUAUUACAUUUAUGUAAAUCUAGUGAAUAUUGCUACAAGGAAGGCUUACUGUGUUAGUUACUCUUUAGAAACAAACCAAUUUAUUAGGACAUGCUGAUAUAUUGCAUGUAGUUCUGUCUAAAUAUCUACUGAAGUGCAUCAGUCCAAAAGACUUAUCACCACUAUGCAGAAUUUAACUUUUCAAGGUGGUGAGCCUCUCUGCUGAACACUUAUGUUGCCAGAUAACUUGGUCUUAGGUGUCCCAGCAGGUGAGUUCAUGCAUUUAUGGCAACUUUGCAUUUAGCCCUGUGUGUUUACACUACCCUGUUUUAUUUCUCUUAAUUUUAAAAGAGUUUGGUACAGAGCCUGUGCUGAGUAAUAUGUUAGGGAUUAGUUUAGGAUUUACUUGCUGGGAAGGAGGGCUGGGAGAGCAGGCCCUGUCUGAGAUGCAUGUGCCACUAAGGCCUGCACUAAUGGUUAGUAGCAGUUUUGCCGCCUCAGCCCUGAUACAAAGAGUUUGUCUCCAGUAUAGAUACCGAUUUCCUGGACCAGAUAUUUUAUUUUUAUUAUUAUUAUUAUUAUUAUUAUUGUUACUAUUCAGAGGUGGGAAUAAGUUUAUUUUAGUGAAACAUAUUGAUGCUAAAUGCAGUGGUAUUGAAGCUGUGGUAAGGACAAGGAAGUAAAGAGCAUUUAGAACACAAGGAAUGGUUUUAUUUUUGUCAUAUUUUUAACUUAUUCUUUUACUGUUCUUCUCUUUUCUUCCUAUUUGGCCUUUUUUUUCUGAUGAGAUGCACUGCCUCUGAGCUACUGACACAGAAAAAUGUUGACAACACUGCGGAAAUAAUUGUACACCCUGCAGGGGUGAAACAGGUUUUACAUUGAUUAAACAACUUACAGGUUAAACUUCCUCGAGACAAAGACACUGAUACCUCCUUGCUUGUUGAGACCUCUGAAGUUACAUUUUUGUAAAGGGGAUAAAUGCUCAAAGCAGCUUCUAAUCAUUCUGGGUUUCAACUGAAGCACUUCAACAAGGAAGAUGAAAAAUAUUCUCAUAAAAAAUUCUAAAAUUUUAUUCCUAUUUUUAUAUCACUUAGGCUGGAAACAAGAUUCCAGCUCUCUGCGGUGUCUCUGUCCUGUUUGUUCAGUGCAGUGUAAAGAUGCUUUCUGAAAUGCAAGGCAACAGUGUGUUGGUUUUCCAUAUAUACUUUACAACAGAAAGGAAGUAGUUUUGUGUAUUUACUAAGUCCACAAAGAGCUGUCUUUUAAUGACUGUUUUGUAACUGGUUAAAAUUAACCUCUUUCCAUUUUUGCAAAACACUACUUUAAAAAAAGGAAUACAAUGCUUAGGAAUUAAGAAAUAAAAUCCUUAAAGGAGAAUUAUUAAGAAGAUAAAAACCUUUUGAGAAAAAAAUGUGCCUCGGUUUUGUAUCAGCUGCAAGGUAACAGUGGCAGGAUAUGACUACUCUUGAAAUAGCUUCCUCAUGCUUUGAAGUAUAGAGUGGAACGACUGUUAUACUCUAAAAAGCUGAGAAGCAUGAAAAAGUAGACUAAACACUAAUUUUACCUUCUGUGACUACAAUGAACGCUUCAAAGUGAUUGUGGGGAAGUUGAUGUGAGACAUUCUAGACUGCUCUUAUUUCUUGGCUUUGAGUGUAAAAGUAAGUGUUGAGCCCUCAGUGAGGGCAGAACAAAAAGCUGUUGUUGGUUUGGUUUUAACUAACGUUGUCCUUGUGUUCCAUUCUAUCGCAAAAACUUCCUAUGCAGAGCUAGCUCCGUGUAUGGAAAUAUUGCAGUUUCUUUUUUACGUGAAGUAAUUUAGCUUUAAGAGUAAUGUAAAAAAGGAAUAACAAGCGUAUUUCUCUGCUCUUACUCUCCUUAGGCUCCAAAUGCAGAUUACAUUAAAAAUAUGUUUUGGAGAACA